UGCCAAGACUCAAAAUCACACCUUUUUCUAAAAAUAAAAAUAAAUGGAAAAGAUUCAUUAUCUAAAUGCUUUUUAUUUACAAGACUCAAGAAAGUCCAAGUUAAGUAUGUGAUAACACAAUGUCUUGAGAACACCAGCUUUCCUUUUUUUUUUACUGAUAUUUGAGUUGUUGAUGAAAAAUCCACAAUAGUCCACCAAAUGCUGAUAUUAACCUUUAAACAAAACUUACUGUUAAAAUUUACUGGAUUUUAAUUAAUUUUUUCAAGAUCAAUUAUGUUUUUAAAGGUAGCAAUAAUGGUCCUGAGGGGAAAAUAAGGGUGUUGAGUGUUUUUAACAACACAUUUCACUUUAAAGUCUGUCUGUGGAGAUUGUGAACCAAAAGAGGGUCUUAACUGGAAUAUAAAAUGCUUUUUAUCUUGGUCCUGCAGAAGUGAAGACAGAAUAUUAAAAAACUGUGUGAAACAAAAGUGGACACAGAAUCUGGCAUGACUCAGUGUUUUCAGUUUGUUUCUAUUUCCAGUGUGUUCUGCUCACCGGUGAAUGGCGGUCCAGUAAAGGUGCCCCCAUUGUAUGUUUCAAUCUUUGUCCCACUGUACAUUCAAAGCCUUUAUUCACAUACAGUGCGAUGGCAGUUUCUGACAGUUAACAAAUAUAUUUGGUCAGCUCAUCCUGUCCUUAUACAGCUCAAAAGACCAGAUAGCAUCCAGCACCUUGAAAAUAAAGUUAUGCAAAUCGCCUCUGCUGAAGUUUUUCCAGUGUUGAGUCGUGAAGGUUCAAAUUUUCUAAAGAAAUGGGGGACUGGUCCAUUCUUGGUCGCUUCCUGACAGAGGUUCAGAACCAUUCCACAGUGAUCGGCAAGAUUUGGCUAACAAUGCUGCUCAUCUUCCGCAUCAUGCUUGUAGCUCUGGUGGGAGAUGCCGUCUAUAGUGACGAACAGUCCAAGUUCACCUGCAACACCCUACAGCCCGGCUGCAGUAACGUCUGCUAUGACACCUUUGCUCCCGUCUCUCAUCUGCGUUUCUGGGUCUUUCAAAUUGUUCUUGUGUCCACACCUUCCAUUUUCUACAUUGUUUAUGUUUUGCAAAAAAUUACAAAGAAAGAGAAGUCAGAGGUCAGGAAAGCUUACGUGGUUUCCAGGGUCUUGAAUUUGCAGGAAAGAUGUGCACACCUGGAAAUGGAUGGAGAAAAAGUCCUGAAAGCUGGAAAUCUUUCUGAUGCUACAUGUAAUGAUGACGACUGGAGCUCACAGGAGGAUGAGUAUGAGGACAGAAGCCAACUAGAAGGAGAAAUGAGAGAAGUACGGGAGGACCCAACCGAGCUCUCAAACAAAGUGCUUCUUAUCUACAUCAUACAUGUCGUUCUGCGGUCCAUCAUGGAGAUAAUCUUCCUCAUUGGGCAGUACUGCCUCUUCGGGUUUGAAGUUCCACAUCUGUUUCGCUGUGAGACCUAUCCUUGUCCCAACAGAACUGACUGCUUUGUGUCCCGAGCAACAGAGAAGACUAUUUUUCUGAACUUCAUGUUCAGUGUCAGUCUUGGUUGCUUUGUUCUCAACAUUGUGGAGCUGCAUUAUUUGGGCUGGAUUUAUAUUUUCCGAGUGCUCUUGUCCGCCUGCUGCACGUGCUGUGAGUCAAACCGAGAACACGGGCAGCAGAUGGAGCUGUACUCCUUCAGUAACCCUCUGCUGCUGGAGCUCAGACAUUCGUUACGAGGAAGAGUCGUCCUGCAGACCUCUGCUACCAUGUCCAGGGACAGGAGCAUCAGUGUCCCAAACCAGGCUGCAGCCAUUUCCUUUGAGACAGACUCUGUUUUAGAGUGCUCCACAAAGAGAAAUCCAGAUGAAAAGGAACGCACAAAAACCAGACUGCACAACAUGGCCAAAGGAGGAAGAGGAAAAAAGUCCUGGCUUUGAGUUUUUCAAACUUUACUCUUGUUAAUUUCUCAAAUUGUUAUAGUUGUGCUGACAGGGUACUGACCUUUAGGAUGACUGGAGAACUGACCCCUAAGAUCAGCAUCCUGUGAAAACUUUUUUUUUUUUUUAAUGCAAAUAUUUUGUUUGGAAGAAACACUUUUGGCUAACAUUACAUUUCGAAUGACUGAAAAUGUAGAAGUUUGAAAAAAAAUGUCUUGGAAUUUGUUUAAAUCACUUCAUGAUUCCAGUUUUUUUGUGCUUAGCAUGAAACAAUAAAGACAAUUAGGCAAAUGAAUGAAUUAAAAAAAAGAAUUAAUUCAAAAUUGAGAGACACAGAAUCCAAAGUCAUUUGCUAAAUUGAAUUCAUAUUAAUCAACCAGUCACUUUAUUUAUCUAGUACUAUUCACCAACAUGCUGAAGAACACAAGAUGGUUAGCAAAAAAAUAAAAAUAAAAAAAAUAUAGACAUUAGUGAUAACAAUUAAAAGUAAUAAAACACAUACAAUUAAAAGCAACAGCAAUUAAAAAACAUAUCUAAAAAAGACAGAAACAAUGUGGUUAAAAUUUGAGGAGGCACUGCAUAGAUUUAAAGAUAGACAGAGUAAAAACAAAAACAUGAUAAAUCAUAAAAGUUAUAAAAUACCUAGAAGCCAAAUAAAUGAAUACACAAAUAAAAAAAUAAAUUGAUAAAUUGAGUUGACUUGUCUUUAAUUUACAUUAAAGAUCUCCACAUAAGACACCAAGGAUAUUAUCAACAAUCUCAGAACUCCUGCAACCAAUGCAGUUCAUAGAUGGAGCAAGCCCAUUUCAAAUGAUCUGUUACAGUUAUCCAAAAAAA